AUGGAGCAACCUCGGACAAUCCCAUGGAGGGCGCCGCGAGCUUGUGAGGAUUACUGGAGUGAGUUCAGCCACUGCAGAAGUCUGAUGAAUCGGUUCCAUCACUACUACACUUUUGGUGAAUCUCCGUCCUGUCAGCAGUGGAAGGAGGACUACGCAAACUGCAAACAAUGGGAGAAUAGCAAGGACUCCAGAGCGAAGGAGGCGCUGCAGACAAGUGAGAGGAGGCGAGUGGCCGAGCAGCAGAUGUUCACUCCUGUGUGGCAGUUAAGGAAGGAGCCCCCACAAGACUGGCACCUGCCCCUGAACCAGGACAAGCCUCAAGACAUGUGA